AUGGAGGAGCACAGCCCUGAGGAGGAGGAGGAAGAGGGGGAGAAGGAGGACGACGAGGAGGAGAAAGAGAAAAAGGAGGGCGAGGAAGAGGAGAAGGAGGAAGAAGAGGUGCCGGCUCCCUGUCCUCUGACGGAGGAAGUCCUGAAGGAGGGCCUGUCUCUCCUCUGUAAGACGGGCAACGGGCUGUCCCACACCUACGUGAAGUUGGAAGCCAAAGGAAAGAACUUGACAGACAUCAGCCUGCUCAAAAGCUUCAUUCACCUGCGGUAUGUGGAUUUGUCAGAGAACAAGCUGCAAGAUUUGUCUCCACUAAGCGGCCUAACAGAGCUGCUUUGGCUGAAGGUGGAUGGGAACCUGCUCACCAGUGCCUGCAUGCAGGAGCUCUCCUAUCUCCAGGUCAUCAGCUUUGAUCGCAACCGCAUCAAGGAUAUGGAAGGCAUCACUCACCCCCGCUUAGCCACCCUCAGCCUGAAAGAAAAUAAAAUCCAGACAAUGUUGGGCCUGAGUCAGGACCAGUUGUUCAGCCUGCAAGUCCUGGAGCUGCGAGGAAACAAACUAAAGAGCGUAGGAGGGCUCAGUCUUCCCAAGCUCAAGAAACUCUAUCUGGCCCAGACCAACAUUCGCAGCCUUGAAGGCCUCGAGGGGCUUGAGCAGCUGGAGAUUCUGCACCUGCGUGACAACAAGCUGGAGAACCUGGAUGGAUUCUCCAGUAGCAUGAAGUGCCUGCAAUAUCUCAAUCUACGGAACAAUGGGAUCAGUAGCUUUCAGGAGGUGGAAAAACUGCAGGUUCUUCCCGUACUGCAGGCACUGGUGCUGUUGGAAAAUCCAUGUGCUGAUGAACCCAAUUACCGGCUGGAGGUCCUUGCCCUGCUGCCACACCUGCAACGCCUUGACAAGGAAGUAGUUGAGCAAGAUGAGAAGGAAGAGGCAAUGAAAAUCCGUCAGACAAGGCAGGAAGAAAAAGAAAAGGAAAUGGAAGGAGCUCUCAAGGAUGAUGCAUCUCUUCAGGAAAUGGAAUAAUCUCAAGAAGAUGGUGUGACUGAGUGACCUCUGUUUUUAACACCUGUUCCCAGAGGCUGUCAGGAUGUGGAGAUGCCUUUCCCCACAUGUGCAGUUGGGAACGCGAGAGAUGUAGUUGCCAGCUUCACCUCAUUUUACCUCUGGAGAAAAGAGGAGGGCUACCCACCCUGGUCCUGGAAGCUGCCCUGAGGCACUGCAGUGUUUUUGCAGCCACUGCACUGGUAUGUUCUAUUCUCAGUAGGCCCGAGAGGGAAAAUGGGAGAGUUACAGGUUCUGUGGUUCGAUUUAUGGCUCGCAAAAAUCCUGCAAGAUUUUCUGAUUUGAAUAAAAAUAAUUAAUGAGCCUGGA